GCCACUUGGUCGUCUCAGUUCACCCACUAAUCAAGCCCAUACACAACCACGCAACGAUCGACCUCGUUGCAUGAGAUUGGGUCGAGGGCAGGGGAGAGAGGCCGGUUGAAGGACAUCGUGGCCCUCAUUGGCCGCGCCUCAAAUUGUGUAGAUCUGACGCCAACCUCAACCCACUACACACUAACAUCCUGUGGGGGUGGCCUCAGAGCAGAAUCCGGGGUUCGCCAUCGCCCGUCUCUGUCUGUGUUGGCUCGUCCAUCCCGGCGCGUGUUCAAACAACAUCAUAACCCGGAUCAUGUCUCCUCCUGUGCCUGGUCGAGAGUUUCGGCGCCAUCCUCAUGACCGCCUCUACCCGGGUGUACCUGGCAUGACAGCCAAACGUUAUUUUGCCACGGACAACUCCAAGUCCGUUGUUCAUGGGUCUCGUUCACGCAGCAUAAGCGUGGUAUCGCAACAUUAUGGGAGAUAUUACCCACCACUUACUUAUGCCAUCCUCGAUCGGCUGGAAUGUUAUCUUCGUCUCGGUGUGUGGGCGUGGCCAAUUCAUUCCCGUCGCAGGCACUGCGAAACGCGAUGCGGGCCAGAGACUAGCGCCUUUAGUUUAAUCCCCGGUGCACAACAAGUCUGGUGUUGCCCCCAUGAUGAGCAACAACACGAGCUAACUCGGCAGGGAUGGUGGAGAUCUUGUGCUUCAAGCAAGCCGGCGCUCCACCCUCGGCCGGCGGCAAUCACGGAGCCAUCCUGCUAGAAUAGCGAGGGGAGGGCACAAAUGCUCUGCCUGACUCCGGGCAGUGAAUGGCAAAAACAACAACUGUACAUGACGAGAAGAAGAAGAAGAAGAAGAAGAAGCAACACACGAGCAUGACAAGUAGCACCCGGUCGUCGUCCUUGCAGCUCGUCGUCCCUUCGCAACUCCGUCCCGUCGUACAUGCAGUUGGAACUUGCUGCGAGCCAAAGGCGGCUAAACCUGUUCGGCGUUCACCCACAUCUGUUCAGAGGCGGGGAAGGAGAAACGGAGAAACAGGCCCAGGACGUCGGACAAAUCAACAUCACGGCAGCCUCCCCACACUCGAGUCGACCGAUGGACAGCGUGACAGCCCACCUGACCACUCGUCCCGACGCCUUCACCCAGACCUGCAUUCCGCCGCCCUUGGUGCAGCUGCUGCAUCACGGAAUGUCGCAGGAGCCAACCCUGCCUAGACCGGCCUAUCUGCCAGGAGUUCGACGGCGUCGUCACCACUGAGGAAAUUGACGUCGUUACCCGUCCCUCGCGGCUGUCGUCCUAUGAGGACUUUCAAAAUCAUGAUGAUUGGUCGCUUGGGCACUCAGAGUGGUAGCCCGUCCUCAUGAGCGUUAUCUCUCAACAUGGCAGCCCCGGUUCCGAUCACGACGGCCCCGGCAAGAAGACGACUCAUCCCGCCAUUGUUGCGAUAUUCGUCGUGAUUGUCUCACGAAUGCCGGUCGCUCUUUCGACAAGGCUGCCGCGGGUAUCUGAGAAAAGCAUCAGCGCUGGCAAAUAGCAACGGUCAUGGCCCUUCUUGUCUCUGACGAUGGCAGAGAGACAAGAACCCCAUGACUCCUGUUAGCCUGGUUUCAACCUAGCGGCACCCUUCAGAUAAGCCAUCUCUUCAUGCGCCCACCCAAUCAGACGGCACACAAGGCCGGCCCCGAGACGUCUUGCCAGGAACCGGCAUAUUUCCCAAAGACAUUGGCAGGAUUUAAUCCGAUAUCUUUACCACAUGGUUGUCGCCAGCCCACUCG